UUCCUUUUCUCUCUCUUGGCUUGGUUUGAUUGUUGGGAUCUGAACUCAGGCAUAUGAAUCAUCAUCAUCUCUUUUUUUAUUCUCUCCUUCCUGUCUUCCACUGCAGCAGUCCCAACCUGACAGAUGCCAAUUGUCUGAAUGAGAUACUCCCAUCUGCAGAAUGGAAACUCUCAGUCUUCUCUCUCUCUCUCUCUCUUUCUCUCUCAGUUGAAUCUUGAAACUGAAACCCCACACUCAAUUUAAUUAUGCAUAUGAGCAUUAAAAAAAAGCAGUUUUGAAACUCCUCUCUCUGUCUCUCUGUUUCUUCUUCUGUUGUCAAAUAUUCUACUGCUCUUUUUGCCUCACAACCUUGAUCACAUCACCUUCCUUGGUUCAUCCCCCCACAACCAUUACACCUUCCAAUAAAAGCCACUUCUUCCCGUAUCAGUUCCUUCGGAAAAAUAUUAGGAGAACACAGCAAUCCAAGAGCCUCUCUCUUAAGCUUCGAGUGACGGAGAGAGGAGGAAGCAUGUAGGAUUUACGUUGUUGUUGAUCACUUGACGAUGGAUAUUGAGGGUGGCGGCUUCUCUAAUCCUGUAAAGAGGAACUCAUGGCGCACGGUGCUGUCAUUGGCGUACCAGAGCCUGGGGGUUGUGUACGGUGACCUGAGCACCUCCCCGCUGUACGUGUACAAGAGCACCUUCGCCGAGGACAUACAGCACUCGGAGACGAACGAGGAGAUCUACGGGGUGCUCUCCUUCGUCUUCUGGACCCUCACGCUCGUCCCCCUCCUCAAGUACGUCUUCAUCGUGCUCCGGGCCGACGACGACGGCGAGGGCGGCACCUUCGCGCUCUACUCGCUCCUCUGCCGCCACGCCCGCGUCGGGUUCCUCCCCAACGGGCAGCUGGCCGACGAGGAGAUCUCCGCGUACAAGAAGACGGACCGCGGCGGCGGCGGCGGCGCUGGCUCGCCGUCGGGCGGCGUCGGAGCGGCUUCCAGGGUGAGAGUGAUGCUGGAGAGGCACCAGGUGCUGCAGAAGAUGCUCCUGAUCCUUGCCCUGAUUGGAACAUGCAUGGUCAUCGGGGACGGCGUGCUUACGCCGGCGAUUUCCGUCUUCUCAGCGGUUUCAGGGCUUGAGCUUUCCAUGGCCAGGGAACACCACAAAUAUGUAGAAGUCCCUAUUGUGUGUCUCAUAUUAAUCGGUUUGUUUGCUCUGCAACAUUAUGGGACACAUCGAGUUGGAUUCUUGUUUGCACCAGUUGUCAUUAUAUGGCUUCUAUGCAUCAGUGUGAUAGGUGUUUAUAACAUUUUCCAUUGGAAUCCACAUGUUUAUCAAGCACUCUCUCCAUACUACAUGUACAAAUUCGUGAAGAAAACCCAAAGAGGAGGUUGGAUGUCCUUGGGUGGGAUCCUGUUAUGCAUAACAGGUUCUGAAGCCAUGUAUGCAGACUUGGGGCAUUUCUCGCAGUUAUCGAUAAAGAUUGCUUUUACAUCUGUGGUUUAUCCAUCAUUGAUCCUGGCAUAUAUGGGACAAGCAGCUUAUCUGUCCAAACACCAUGUUAUUGAAAACGAAUAUCGAAUUGGGUUCUAUGUCUCAGUACCAGAGCAAAUAAGGUGGCCUGUUUUGUGUAUAGCUAUACUUGCAGCGGUUGUGGGAAGCCAAGCCAUUAUUACCGGUACUUUCUCGAUCAUCAAGCAGUGUUCUGCUUUGGGCUGCUUUCCCAGAGUGAAGAUUGUUCAUACAUCAUCCAAAUUUCAUGGACAAAUAUACAUCCCAGAGAUCAACUGGAUAUUAAUGAUAUUGUGCUUAGCCGUGACGAUUGGUUUCAGAGACACAAAGCACAUGGGUAAUGCUGCAGGAUUGGCCGUCAUAACCGUAAUGCUGGUGACAACCUGCUUGAUGUCCCUGGUGAUAGUUCUGUGUUGGCACAAGAGCAUAUUUCUAGCAGUAUGCUUUAUACUCUUCUUUGGAACCAUUGAGGCACUCUAUUUCUCAGCUUCCCUCAUCAAGUUCUUGGAAGGAGCUUGGGUCCCCAUUGCCUUUUCUUGUAUCUUCAUGAUAAUUAUGUAUGUAUGGCACUACGGCACGCUCAAGAAGUAUCAAUUUGAUGUUCAAAAUAAGGUCUCCAUCGAGUGGCUUCUCGGCCUCGGCCCUUCUCUUGGUAUCGUGCGUGUUAGAGGCAUCGGUCUGAUACAUACUGAGCUUGUGUCAGGAAUCCCAUCCAUCUUCUCCCACUUCAUCACAAAUCUCCCUGCAUUCCACCAGGUGCUCAUCUUCCUCUGCAUCAAGUCCAUCCCUGUGCCACACGUUCAUCCAGAGGAGCGGUUCCUUGUAGGCAGAAUUGGGCCCAAGGAGUACAGGCUUUAUCGGUGCAUUGUUCGGUACGGCUACCGUGAUGUGCAGAAGGAUGACUUGGAGUUUGAGAAGGACAUUGUUUGCAGCAUUGCGGAGUUCAUCCGCUCAGGGACGUCGGGGCCAAACGGUGCUGCAGUAGAAUCUGAAAAGGAUGAUGCGAGGAUGACCGUCGUCGGAGCUGGAAUUCGGUUGUGUGAAGUGGGUGACGAUCCAGGGGAGGCAGCAGGUCCUUCAAGUUCGACCGAGAUACAAUCACCGAUCAGAGCGAGAAAGAAGGUGAGGUUUGUGCUGCCCACAAGCCCACGGAUGAAUGCCAGCACGAGGGAGGAGCUACAGGAGCUGAUGGAGGCACGGGAAGCCGGCAUGGCAUUCAUCCUCGGGCAUUCCUAUGUGAGGGCGAAGAGCGGGUCGGGAUUCGUCAGGCGGCUCGCCAUCAACUACGGCUAUGACUUCCUGAGGAGGAACAGCAGGGGUCCGGCGUAUGCAGUGAACAUCCCCUAUGCAUCUACUUUGGAGGUGGGGAUGAUUUACUAUGUUUGAACUGUGAGUUCUAAAACGAUAGAUUCUUGUAUAUCUUCUUCCUCACUAGAAUGUACAUUAAAAGCUACAAAUCUAUAGAUUGAGCUGCUUUUUCCGGC